AUGGCAUCCCCAUCCUUCUCGAUAGAUGGCCUUUCACCGGACUCACCAACCUCUCAAAGAUCUGGCUACCCCUUUCCGGAGACGAGCGCGCGACGCUCGACCAGCAACCGCUACCGUCCACGAAGAGGAAGCGCCGCCAGCAACACCUCCGUCUCAUCAAUAGGCGGGAGUCUAGACACACACACACGGAGGGGCAGCGCUGUAAGAGAGACCAGCCAGAAUGCCAUCUCCACCCUGCUCCAACCGCCCAUCGUGCGGACUGGCCUUCUACCACACUCGGCGACGUCGGCGGCAGCGGCAGGUUACAAAGCUCCAACCACGCGAGACAUCCCUCCUGUCACCCUGACCAACAUCCCACAUGUCGCGCCGGAGAGCUUUCGCAAUUACCUUUCCCGAAUAGGGCCGUUGUUUGAAAGCUUCCAGAGAGGUAGAGCUGAGCCAGAGCAGGCGCAAUGGCUGAAGAAGGACAGGGAGCUGGAGAAGACCGAUCGCUUUGCAGAGGCGCUGGACAGGCGUUGGGGCAAGGACGGCUUGAUGUCGCCGACGACCCCGCGCACUGCCCACUCACCACUGCUAUCACCUACGCCGCAGACACCUGGAGGAGAUCGUCGACGCGCGACGGGCAGUCACCGUCGAAAUCGCAACGAGCCCACACCUCUUACCACGAUUCCCUCGGUCUACUUUGACGAAGACUUCCACCUCGAGAACCCACGCACGUUUGAUGUCGUGUCCGAGCGCGCCGAAAUAGUAAGGCCUCCGCCAGGCACGCCCCAGCCCGAGCAGAAAGCCGCGAAUGGCACGCCACUUCCUCCUCGAAAAGCCUUGGCCACCAAUGCGAUACUACAGGAAAAGCUGAGUUGGUACAUGGACACAGUGGAAGUGCAUUUGAUCAACAGCAUCAGCACCGCCAGCUCGGGCUUCUUCGCAGCAUUGGGGAGUCUGAAGGAGCUGCAGACGGAGGCGGAAGAGAGUGUGGCCAAGAUACAGAGCUUGAGGGAGGAUCUGCGGCGGUUAGAUCAAGAGGUGGCUGUGGCGGGAUUAGAGGUGGCUGCAAAACGAAGGAGAAGAGCGAACCUGGGCAAGUUGGGCGCCGCGACGGCGCAGGUACAGCAAGUGGUAGAGAACGUCAAGAGGGCGGAUGAGCUUGUUGAAGAGGGCAACUUCGACGAGGCGGCCGACCAGAUGGAUCGGGUAGGAAGAUUGGUGUGCGGACAGCCAGAGGACGGAGGAGAGAGGCAGCUAAUAGAUCUACGGCCACUGAAAGCGCUUCAAGGCCUGGAUUCUGGGCUGCAGGAACUACAACUCAAGAUUGGUACUGGAUUCGCGAACCGCCUCACCACCAUACUAAUGUCAGACCUCCGACAACACAUCGAGAAAGUGCCGUCAUCCGACACGCUGAAACGCUGGUCGAGACAACGAGGCAUUCCACCUACGUAUAUGGAGACCACGCCGGAGUUCCGAGCUAAUCUACUGUCUGCGCUCAAGGGUCUGCAACGAGCUGGCUAUACCGCACCUGCGACCGCUGCGUACCGAGAAGCUGUCACGAAGGAGAUGAAGGCCAUCAUUCGGCGGUAUCUGCCUUCUUCCAACGACGAAGAUGCAGACAGCAUGGUCUCUUCGGCUACCACUUCAACGAGAGGAGGAGGGAGACUGAGCCAGCAGGAGAAGAGCUCGAUCUUGGCUAGGAACCUGCGAGCUUUGGAUGCUGAGGAUGCUGAGGGAUUGCUGGUCAAGGUUUAUACGAAUGUUGGUGAAGCGUUGCGGAGAGUCGGCACCCAGACGAAGAUUCUGCUGGACAUCACGUCCGGAGCUUUGGCGAGCGAGGGGGGGAAGGGUCAUUCAAGAUCUGCGAGCAUGGUCGCUGAGCAGCAGCGGCAGAUGCAGAAUGAACUUCCGAAGCCUGAUGAGCUGAGUCAGGCGCUCGACAUGUCCUCGCUACUUGGGCAGGCAGUCGACACGGCACAGACGCAGAUCACACGUGUGCUGAAGGUGCGCAACGAGCAGUCCGUUCGUCUAGCGAAGCCGCGCUUCUUGCGAUACUUUGCGCUCAAUCGCUUGUUUGCCGAUGAAUGCGAGGCUGUCUCCGGCCGAGGCGGGCAAGCGCUCAAGGGCCUCAUCAAUGCGCAGAUCUCAGGCUUCGUGCAGGUACUCGGUACUGCCGAGACCGAACGAAUAGCCCAGUGUCUCGACAACGACAGCUGGAACACCGCAGACUUCAGCGAAGAUGACGAUAAAAUCCUCCAGCGCGUACUAGGCGGCAUGUCCUUGGACCCACCAGAAUGGAGCAACGCUACUCCACCCAUCUGGGAGCCCGCAGACCACCAACUAGACGCACCACAACCCAACGGCACCACGACCCCCAACCCUACCGUCAACGGCACACCCACCCCCGCCUCCACCAAAGUUCCCGCCGCCAAACCCGCCUACAUCGACUCCACCCGCUUCCUCCUCGUCCCCUCCGCCCUCGCCCUCCUCCCCACCCUCGACACCCUCCUCGCCCUCACCACGUCCCUCCCCAGCCUCACGCCCCAGCUCUCCGCCGCCCUGCUCGACGUCCUCCGCACCUUCAACUCCCGCGCCUGCCAGCUCGUCUUGGGAGCCGGCGCGACGAGGGGUUCCGCGGGCUUGAAGAAUAUCACGACCAAGCAUCUCGCGCUUGCGCAUCAGGCGGUCGGGUUCGUGGUCGCGCUCGUGCCGUAUUUGCGGGAGUGUGUGAGGAGGCAUUUGCCUGCGGGGAGUAAAGCCGGGGGUGAAGGCGGGGUGUUGGGGGAGUGGGAGAAGGUGAGGAGGGUGUGUCAGGAGCAUCAGCGCGGGAUUGGCGAGAAGUUGGUCGAGAUCAUGACGACGCGGUCCGGGGCGCAUGUUAAGGCGCUUCACGCCCUCGACUUGGCCGCGGUGGCUGCGGUCGAGGGGGAUGUGGAUGAGGAGAAGGGGAGUCAAUAUGUGGAGACUCUCACCCGUGAGACGCUGACGCUGUAUCGAGUGCUGAGCAGGCAUCUGAACGAAGUGGACGUGGGCGUGAUUAUGGGACAGAUCGGUGAGGCUUACAAGGGCCAGUGGAGCAAGGUUUUCCAGGAGAAGGUUUUUGAAGGGGAACAGCAGGGGAGGGUGUUGAUGCGGGAUGCGAGGGUUUUGGAGAGGAAGUUGGGGACGGUGGAGGGUUUGGAUGGGGUGGGGAAGGAGGUUGUGAGGGUUGUUGAGGGGAGGGUUGGGGGUGGGGGGUGA